AAUAACUUUCAACUUUUUCUAAGAAAGCACAAAAAUCGCUUAAAUGUUUAAAAGCACUGCAGAUAUUUGGGUUUUUUCACGUUACAAAUAUCACUAUAUGACCAUUGUGAUGCACACACGCAAUUAAAAAAAGCGGAAGAGGAAAAAAGAGGAAGAUGAUGCAAACGAAGAAGAAGAAGGGUCCUGGACCAUGCCAUGCCCUGAUCGUGGUAGCUAAGGUUUUUGUACCCAUCUAUUUCAUCACUGAAAUAUUAUAAAAAUAAAACGGUUCUUUUAAGAGCCAAUUUCUUCCCUCCUCCUACUUCUCUCUCUUUCUCUUUCUUGUUUUUCUCUCUCUCCCUUUUGUAUUUGUUUGUACCUUUGACUUUAUUAAUUCAUCAAAAUCUUCAGAUGGCAUCAGAGUCAUUCAGACAGUUUAAAGAAUGGCUGGAGGCAGCAAAAACCAUGGCAGAUGAGUUGGAAGCCCAAAAAACUACAAAAAAAAGAAAACAAAAGGGAACUCAAGACUGCAAUGUUUCCUGGAGGAAUAGAGACCAGCAUGGGAACAUCAUACCACGUGUUAAUAAGAAGAAUCGAUCUGUUAAACCCGCUGGCACAAGGGAGCAUGCAGAAGUUGAGGAGAGUCCACAAGAGGUCCCGAGUCCACAAGAGGUCCCAAGUCUUGAUCAAUGUCUUCAGAGACUGAAGAACCUACUAAAUUCUGUUAAUGUCUCUGCAUCAGAUGAAAUAGAAGGGGCACCCACUAUGUCUGUAUGGACCAAAAGACAGGUCACGUCUGAAAAAAAAUUUAGGGCUGCAUUUCCAGAGAUCUUAAAUUGCAUGCUGGCUGCAGAGACUGUAACACAGCAUUGCUGUCAACAGUGCAAAGCUGUUGACGCUGUUGUCCGGUGUCUAGAGUGUGUUCCAUCAGGGUGUCAGUUUUUUUGUUCGACAUGUGACUCUGAGAUCCACAGAAAGCAUGUGUUCCAUGACAGAGAAGCCAUUAUUGAUGGUUUUUUCAAGCCUAUUCCACCAACAUCCUUAGUGGUGAUUGAUGAGAGUGGCCAGUAUCAACUCCGCAAACAAGUGUGUAUGCUUCCUAUUCCUCCACCAAUGCAAAUUUGCUCCUGUGGUCCAAGCCAAGCUUUCACAGUCAUCCCAGGAAAGCAGACUGUCUUGGUGACUAUCAACGGUUCAUACAACCUGUGCCUGCCUAGUAUAUGCUGUCCAUUUUGUUCUUGCAAGUGGACUCCUGGGAUUAGUGACUUGCUUGAAUAUAAAUACUGGCCAGCAACCACCAGCUGCCAAAUGCUGUUCAAGUUUGAUGUGUUCACAUCAUUUGAGCAGAUGAAAUUGGCUAGCCCAGCUUUAUCCCAACAAGCAUUUCUCAGAAUGCUUGAACAUCGAUCACUUUGCACUGGUCGGGCGAGUUGUAUUUGUGGUGAUACCUUCCAUAGAGUCUUUCGAGAGUUUGCGUUCUGCAAUUUUAAGAAAGAAGAUCUGUGCCUGACGGAACCCUUUAAAUGCCCAGCAUGUACACCAGACAUGCUGGCUAUAUCUGCAGAUGGUAAUAGAAAACAUUACCGGUUCAAGAAGUCCAAAGGGACAGAUGAACCAUCUCUUUUUGAUGGACUGUUCAUUGCACAAGAUGCCAAAGUAUCUGCCUUUGUUGAACAAAUUAGAAGCCAGAUGAUUAGUAGGACAGGUCAAGAUGUCUGUGGGCCUGCAACAUUUACAGCAGGCAGAGAAAUAUCACAGAAGUCCAGGGCCAAGGUGGAUGAAGAGGGCCUUGAAAUAGCUGUGUGCAGACAUGGAGUCUUGCUGCAAGCUUUGAAUCACUACCGUGGAGAAAUAUAUGCCUACCCAAUGUUCCUGCAAAAGGAGCUGGCACAAGCUGCAAAUGCAACAUUCUUUUGUACAGACAUUGCUUGCAGGUACUGGCCUUAUUUGGAGAGGAUGGCAGAGAAGUUGCCUGAGCUCCAGCCACUUACCAUGAUGAAGCCAUUUCUGUCUGUAAUGCAUGCUAAGGCUCACACUGGCAAAUGUGAGGUAAGGUGGGGCGGCAGAAAUCAGGUUGGUGCAGGAAAUACUGUUGGUGAAGAGGUGGAACAGGUCAAUAGCUUCCUUUCAAGGGCAGCUCUUACUACAAAAUACAUGACCAAGUCAGGCAGAGCGGAUAUGAUAACCAUGCUUGCCAUUAGAUGGAACCAUAGGAAGAUGGAGAAUCUCCAUACGACACUAGCGAAAAGAUUUUUCAAAACUACACAGAGAGCAGAAAUGGAAGCAGCCAAUCUUGAGAGUCUUAAACAGGAGUUUAGCAUCUCUGUGGAAGAUGUGGAUCGGUGGGUGUGUGAUGUCAGGCACUGGGCUGCCACUGAGAAACACAGUUCUGACAGUAGCCAGGAAGAACUCCAGAGAGAAAUCGAUGAGAUUAUUUAUUCCAUACGAAGAAAGAAGCAAGAUCUGUAA